AUGACAAUGGUUUUAGAGUUAUUAAAAGAUGCAUUUGAAUUUGCAAAUAUACCAAAUUCAUUCUAUGAAGCCAAGAAAACAAUCACCAAGCUUGGUUUAAAUUAUGAAAAAAUCCCUGUUUGUCCGAAUAAUUGUAUGCUUUAUUGGGGUAAUAAGGAAGAUGAAGAAAGGGAGACCUGCAAAAUUUGUAACACUUCGAAAUGGAAAUCAAAAGCAAAAGUUGGUGCAGUUGGAGUGUCUGGUGAUGGCAAUAAUCGAAAGAAAGUUCCUGCAAAAGUUCUUCGCUAUUUUCCAUUAAAACCACUGUUACAAACAUUAUUUUUGUCGUCAAAGUCGGCCGAGGAUAUGAGAUGGCAUGCAAAUGAUAGUAAGAAUGAUGGAAUGUUGAGGCAUCCUAGAGAUUCUGAAGCAUGGAAACAUUUUGACUUGACACACCCUUGGUUUGCAUCAGACCCGCGAAAUGUGCGUCUUGCAUUAGCUAGUGAUGGUUUUAAUCCUUUUGGUAUGAUGAGUACAAAUUAUAGUAUUUGGCCAGUUAUUCUCAUUCCAUACAACACUCCUCCAUGGGUGUGCAUGAAACAUACAUCUUUUAUAAUGUCAAUGAUAAUUCCCGGUAAAAAAAUGCCAGGAAAUGAUAUUGAUGUCUAUUUACAACCUCUAGUAAAAGAAUUAAAGGAGUUAUGGACAACAGGUGUCGAUACAUACGAUUCUUUUAAAAAAGAGAUGUUCACAUUACAUGCAACUUUGAUGUGGACAAUUAGUGAUUUUCCAGGGCUGGGUACACUUUCUGGGUGGAACACUUACACUGGACUUGCUUGCCCAUCGUGUAACAUGGACUCUACUCCUCGUCGUCUUCCACAUAGCAAAAAAUGGUGUUUUAUGGGUCAUCGUCGUUUUCUUGAUCAGAGACAUAGAUUUAGAUUGAACAAGGUUCGCUUUGAUGGUCAACAAGAUAUGCGUGGUCCACCUAAAAUGUUAUCUGGGCUUCAAAUUCUUGAACAGGUUCAAAAUAUUGAUGUCACAUUUGGUAGAAAGCCAGAUAAAGAAAGGUCGGGAAAAAGAAUACGUGGUGGACGACCUACACAAGGUGUCAAUCAACAAUGGAAAAAGAAAAGCAUAUUCUUUGAACUUCCAUAUUAG